GUGUUAGCACGAGUGCAAAGGAGUGUGAGUAUGUAUAUUUAUGUAAGCACUUCUAAUGAGCAAGAUUCAAAACUGAAAUUUAUCCUGUGAAGGUUCAGAGGAGCAGCGAUCCGAACCUUCAAAAACACACACACAAAAAAGAAAAAAUUGACACCUGUUAUUACUAUAACACAAAAUAUACGUUAAAGGUACUCACAAAGAUAUAUCAAAGAACACACCCCCUAUAUUUCUCUCUCCCUCUCUUACAUAUACGCAUACGUAGGUUUAUGUAUAUAAAUAUAUAUUUAUAUAUGCAACAAUGCCACAAUAAAAUACCUUUUGAAACCGAAUUAGACUUCAAGAGACGCGGCAUCAUAGCACAUAUGUUGAAAAUAUUGAACCCUUGCUGAUUUGGCAAUAUUUAAAUUCUGAUCAAGCAUAUCAAUGAUGUGGAUAUAAUUAUUAUCAGCAGAUACAGGACAUACGAGUACCACAUUUCACAGCCAGACCGUGUAAAUUAUCUCCCCUUGGAUUUAUAUAGUAAUCAGUACUUCAAUGUACAUUGUCUAUCAGACAGCCAUCCUAUGAAACAAGACUCUUUUUUGAGUGACUGUAAUUAACAAUUUCACUUUUAAUUGUUGAUUUGGGUCGAAGAAGAGUCGAAGAAGAGUGUAAGAAGAUAAAUAUAACGGAUUGUGAUUACUAUAAAACUGAAGAGGAAUGUUCAAGACAUUUGCCAUGAGAGCAAAAGAAAACACAAGCCACGCGGCGCAUUACUAUCGCAAUGAUAUGCAUCCCCUAUGGGACCUCUACAACGACGUAGAACAGAAAGAUAUGUUUCACGGGUCUUCUACAAACCAAUCCCAUGCAUUUGCACAUACGAUGCUUCCAACGACAGAAUUAACUCCUGAACAACAUCAGCUUCUCUAUUUCCGAAAUCCACCGUCGUAUGAAGAACACAUGAAAAGAUUUCUGACAAACAAGAACCAAGUUGAUAAUUGCCAAAACACAAUGAAAAAUGGAUAUGCUCAGCAGAAUUCAACAUUCAACUCUGCUUCCAGCACCAUCGACAUGGUUGAUCCCUAUAAAAGAGAUUCAGAUGGCUUUUUUAAUCCAUAUUGUAAAUGUCAAUCAGGCGUCUGUUACUGUUUUGAUCUAGGCAUCUACAAUCGUAAAGCAGAUGAUGAUGAUGAGACGUAUCACGAUCUGAAAUCAUAUAUAUCUACUAGCGGUCAGGUUCAGUUAUGGCAGUUUUUACUUGAGUUGCUAUUGGAUGACACGAAUACUUCUUGCAUCAAAUGGGACGGCGGUCGUGGAGAAUUCCGUAUGGUGGAUCCAGAAGAAGUUGCUCGAAAAUGGGGCAAAAGAAAGAACAAACCAAGUAUGAACUACGAUAAACUGAGCCGCGCUUUGCGUUAUUAUUACGAAAAGCAGAUUUUAUCAAAAGUUCAAGGCAAACGCUACACUUACAAAUUCAACUUCAAAAUGAUACAGCAGGCGCAGAAAUGCUCGUCUUCGACAGGAAGCGGAAGUGAUUCCGGUUCCCCUUAUCGGAGCCCAAGCAGCCCAUACAGCAUGGAAACGUAUUCCUGUUAUGACGGAGCUGUCCCAAAUGUUGGCGGGUAUUCGAUCGUUCAGCACAACACAUACGCCCAGCAGCCUGCCGUUGAUAUGUCCUACAUAGAUAACCAUCUAUCAUCAUAUAGAAAACAGAAUAUGAAUACAGUUUAUCAAGCGAACAUGGUGCCAUUAGAAAACACAUUCCCAGACACUUUAAUGCCAAUAACAGCAUCGACAAGCGAAACCGUGUAUGACACAUACGGUUCACAAACACAAUAUACAUAUUUGUAACAUUUAUUAAUAGUUAAUAAUAAAAUAUAUAUUCCCCCCCCCCCAAAAAAAAAAGAAAACAAUUAAAUGGAUAUGAUAAUGGAAGUGAUAUGCAAUUUAUUUAAUAAAAUACAUUUAUAUAAAUAACUUUCCAAAGGAAAGGAUAUAUAUUAAAGACAUAAGCAUAUCUUUCUUUAUCCAGAAGGAUACCUGAAUUAAAUCAAGUCAUUAUAUGCUCUCGUGAAACGGACUAAAUACAAGAAUGUGUAAAUAUUAACUGAAAAAUCUGUGAAUCUAAACAAUAUCUCUUGCGUGCAAACAAUCUAUUGCAAAAUGUGUCAAAAUAUAUUUUGUAAAAAUUAGCAAAAGAAAAUACAUUUUUAUCGUUUGUUAAGAAUUAUUUAUAAAUUAUAACUCCAGCCAUAAGUUUGAACCUAAACUUGGUGAUGUAUUUCAUUGUAGUUCGUCGACAUGCAAAGAUCUGAAUUCAUCUGCAGUUCAAAUUAAUAUUUGUACCACGUAGACGGUUUGUGUAUGUUCAUAUUUUAGAUCAAUUCAAAUAUCUGUGUGCAAUAUUGUAUAGAAAUAGGCGCGAAUAAUUAGCAUUUUAAAAAUAAACAAUGAAGUUAAAUCCUCAGACACGUGAUUUGUUAACAUCGAUAAUUUAUUUUCUAAUUAUACCCAAAUCUACGCCUGGUGUAAAAUGGAUCGUAUCAAUCCUGUUAGCAAUGAAUUCGUGGGCAAAACGUCUUCGUCCCGCGAAAAUAUAGCUUCGAAAAUAUGGAAUUUAGCCAGUUUGAUUUCAAAUAUAUCCUGAAUGAAAAUUGUAUCUACAAGAUUUCAUCUGCACCUAACUGGGAAUAAUCACGUGACACAUUUGACCGAUUUGAUAUCAUAAACUAGAAAAUGAAUUUUAAAAAAGUAGUGGUUUUAAGCUUCAUUUCUACGUUGGAAAUAACUACCAUGUUCCUUUAGACGAUUGAUAUUUGUGUUAAGUGAUGGAAUAAAUAAUACAAGAUGUCAAUAACUCAAGAGUAAGAAUUCCCACAAAUUAAUAUAAAUAUGCUAAUAAACCUCUCCUGCUAUCAGUUCAGGAAUAUCAACUUUAAAUUAUAUUAAGACACUUCCAAGACAGCACACACCACAGCCUACUAAAAACGAAAUCUUUUCAAUUUCCCACAACUUUUAAGCUUUGCGAUUUCUAACGAUCUCUUAUAUAUAUCGAUCUCAUCUAUAACGUUGCGAAAUCAGCAUCGUAAAGACUGAAACACUGUCCCACCAUAAAAUUGAAGUGUGACUUCAAUUUCAUUGGUGUGUAUAACUUUUGCUCAAUCAACAAUUAAAUAAAUUCCUGAUAAGACUCUUUUCUACAAUCGAGCAAAAAUCCCUUUCGAUUAACUUUGUUUCAUGCAGAGCAUAGAUGUUGAAUGUAAACAUCAAACACAUAAAUCUCAUUCAUUAAAAAAGAAAAAUUAUAAAAACUAC